AUGCCACACAAGAUCGGGUUUAUAGUUGUUAGUUCAUCGGGACACGAAGAUGGCUUCAGCGCGAAAGAGCUGAUGGUGCAUGCACCGACAGUGAACGGCUGGCGAUCGCCCAGACUCUGUCAGUAUCCCCAGGAAAUUGUUCUGCAGUUGGUGGAGAGAUGUCGAAUACGAAAGCUGCAGUUGCUUGCUCACCAGUACAUGAUUUCAAGCAAAAUUGAGUUCUACAUCAGCGAAAGCUUGCCUGAAUACUUUGCUCCUUAUCAAUCAGAGAGGUUUCACCGACUAGGUUACGUCCCUCUCUCGGACAAUGAAAAGACGGAUUUCAAAGCGCGAGAGUUAAAAUCUGUGUAUAUGGAUGCAGUUGGCCAGUACCUGAAGCUGAUUUUCCAUAAAAAUUAUGUCAAUAAAUAUAACUUAUACAGUCAGGUUGCCCUAGUAGCUAUAAACAUUAUUGGAGACCCAGCAGACUACAGUAAUGACAGCAAUAACACUCCUUCAAGAGAGAAGCUGAUAGACCACUACUUAGGAAUUAAAUCAGAUGAUCCUGCCUUAGAUGGAACUUACCUUGGGAAACCUGACUCCAUUUCACCUCUGGAUGAUUUGGCUUUUGACAUGUACCAGGAUCCAGAAGUUGCUCAGAUAAUACGUAGGCUGGAUGAGAUGAAGCGUGAAGCUGUCCGUCAUGAACGCUAUGAUUACGCCAAGAAACUCAAACAAGCUAUUGCAGACUUGCAAAAGGUAGGAGAGCGGCUUGGACGGUAUGAGGUGGAGAAGCGCUAUGCUGUAGAGAGAGAGGAUUAUGAUCUUGCUAAGAAGAAGAAACAGCAAAUGGAAGCGUACCGCCUGAAGGUGUAUCAGCAGCUGGAGCUCCACGACCUUCUGGAUGCAGAGCUGAUGAUUCGAAAACCACCUGAAUUGCCUGUGGAGUCUCUGAUUUAUACUGACAAUCCUCAGCGCACAAAAGCUGCAAAUUCACCUCCUUGUGAGCACAGAGAACAGCAAAAAAGAGAGCCGUGGAGACCACAGCCUUCACUGGAAGAGAAGUCCGCAGAUCUCACUUGUGCCGAGCCUAUUGUUCCCCAUCGAUCCCCUCCUCCUCCCGUGACUCAUCCCACAACCUCCGGGGAAGUGUUUCUCAGAGGAAACGUUGAAUUUUUACCUUAUGAUGAGAGACCUCUUCCGGCUGCCUGUAAACAGUCUGAUGAAGCAAUUCCGUACCUUGAGCCGGAGAGGACUGAAGAGGAGAUCAAUGAUACUCCAAGCGGUGGCAUUACUGGGGAACCAGAGCCGUUGACUGAGAAGGCACUGAGGGAGGCCAGCCCUGCUAUUGAAGUUUUUGGAGAAGCUUUGGUUUCAGGAGCAUAUUCCAAAACGUGGUCGUAUCGUGAAGAUGCGUUACUGGCUGUAUAUAAGAAGCUGAUGGAGACAUCAGUAAACACUCCGAAGGACGAUUUAAAGAACAUGCUGAGGGCUGCCAUUUUUCUUGUAAGAAGAGCCAUCAAAGACAUAGUGUCUUCA